CUUUACAGUUUCUGAGGAGGUGUACAUGGUGGCAUUCAUCAUCAGGCAACAAUAAACAUUCUUCAGAUUCAGAGUUAUACCAUGGAUCUUGAUCCAGCACAAAACACACUUCUUCCUGGGCCUUCUCUGACAGGCACCAGCUUCCUGGAAAUGUCCAAAUCUAUAUCCACCAUCAGGAAUGUGACGAUUGUAAUAUUCAACUACACCCAAGGAACCUACCUAAGAGAUCCAAAAGUUUACACCUACAGUGGUUACAACCAUGAUCCUCCUCAACCAACCAUCAAGCCUCGGACAAUGGAAGCAUGUUCCUUCAGUAAGACCGGUGGAACAGCAUGUGGCAGUGUUGGAGUCCUGACCUAUGACAUCUGGAGGGCAGAGGGGGAUCAGGCUGAUGGCCGCCUCGCUGUGAUGUUCUCUGUUCCAUUUAAUUACGACUUUUUCAAGAACAUGUUUGCUAUUGGCAAGUUUGAUACCUCAUUUGCGUGUGAUGAGUCCUUGUACAAAAAAAUGUACUAUAAUGACAGCAACAAUUUCAUCUGCAGAAGAGGAACAGGGAAUUCAGUGGAGUAUGUGGCAGACAAUCUGACUGUUAAGGCUACAAUGUCUCCCCAAGCCAAAUCAAUACUGAAAGUAGAGGUGUGGGAUACAUAAGUAUGAGUUUGUUGUUUAAACUGAUGGAUAUGUAGUGACAUAUUCACCUGACUGCAUAUGCAAACCACACUUUGUAAGAGAUUCAUUCAAUUUAGAUUUCUCUGGGGACUAGCCAUAUAUCUAGUAAUUUAACUAGCAGUAGUAAACAGUCAAACGUAUUAGACAUCUAGUCUGUUCCACAACUACAUAACUAGAAAAUUACAACCUGGGAUAUUAAUAUUAAAAUUACAACCUCUAUGUGGAAAGUAUGGAAAUCACUUGAAAGUAAAGUGAUCUACCUA